CCAAAGGGAUCAGGUUUCAUUAAAUCAGUUGAUGUUUCCACAAGUUGUGAAAGAUGCUAACAUGUUGUUUGAUCACCUGGAUCGUAUGGUGGAAGAAGUUGGGGAAGCUAAUGUUGUCCAAGUGGUAACUGACAACGCAUCCAACUACGUGAAAGCUAGUGACGAACUGCUAAUGGCGAAACGACCUCCUUUGUAUUGGACGCCUUGUGCUGCUCAUUGCAUAUACCUCAUCCUUGAGGAUAUAGGAAAGAUUCCUCAAGUAAAGACUGUAAUAAAGAACUGCAUUUUCAUGAAUGGAUAUAUCUAUGGUCACAGUUCUCUUGUGAAUAUGAUGAGGAAAUUCACAAACCAAGGAAAUCUGCAUAGACCGGCUGUAACUCGGUUAGCUACGUCUUUCAUAACACUAGCGCAGUAUCAUAGGCAGAAAAAUAACUUGAGGAGUUUUGUGAAUUCUCAAGAUUGGUUAGAUUCCAAGUGGCGAAAGGAAGCAGGAGCAAGGAAUGUGAAGAGGAUCAUUUUGCAAGACAGCUUCUGCCAUAGCGUGCUAUAUACACUACAGUUGACGGGUCCUCUAGUUAAGGUGCUUAGGUUGGUUGAUGGAGAGAAAAAACCAGCUAUGGGAUGCAUCUAUGAAGCAAUAGAUAGGACUAAAGAGUCCAUUGCUAACACCUUCAAGGGUAGAGAAGAAAUAUACAAGGAAGCAUUUGAAAUCAUCGAUAGGCGCUGGAAUUGUCAACUCCAUCAUCCUUUGCAUGCUGUUGGCUACUGCUUGAAUCCGGAAUUUCAGUAUAAAGCAAGGGCUGGAGUGGAUUGUGAAGAGGUAUCGAUAGGUCUAUACAGCACCAUUGAGAGGCAAAGGACUACGAAAUCACCAGCUGAGUGGUGGUCUUCGUAUGGAGGCACAACACCAACACUUCGAGACUUUGCAAUAAAAAUUCUUAGUCUCACAUGUAGUGUGACUGGUUGUGAGAGAAAUUGGAGUGUGUUUUCACAUCUCCAUACCAAGAAAAGGAACCGAUUGGCUCAAGAGCGGCUUAAUGACAUGGUGUUUGUUAAGUACAAUCGCACUUUAACACGUCGAAUGGAUGAGGAGUCUGAUGAGUUUAGAGAACUGGUUUUUGAUGACAGUGAUUUGACAUGGGAAAUGGUAAGCAGAGUAUCUGGAGCUAAUGAGUCUAACUACCUUACUAGAGCUAAAAGAGGAUCAACACAAUCUUCAAGUAGAACUGCGAAAGGGAAGAAUACGGCCACAUGCUCCACUCCAACUCCAAGAGCAUCUCAGAGGAUGGCUCCAACUCCAAUGGCUUUGAUUGACGAGGAUGAUGAAAUUGAAGAGGAUUUCGUAGGAGGAGAUGAGGAUAAUGAAAUUGAAGAAGAUUUCGUAGGAGACGAUGAUGAUGAGACAGAUUUUUAGAGAUCCCGACUCUCAUGGUUUUAGCUUUAGUUGGAUUGGAUUCCGUUUGUUUUCAUUUUUAUGUUUCAGAGUUUCAGACUCAUGGUUGAGCUUUU